AUGUCUACCAUCGAAGACCGUGAAGAUGCUUCUGAAUUUGAAUCUUGUGUCGUUUGGUUUCAAGCGUCACCUCUAGCGUUUGAAAAUGGCAGUGAGGAUGGCAACUACUUGUCUCCGUUGGAUAUUCAACAAGAACAAAACGUCAUUCAAAGAGUCUUUGAUGAGGCACCCAAGCAGAAACGAAGGAGAGCACAAGUUAAUUUUGAAGUUGGAACUACAAGGCAGCUUGGAUCUUUCUUGCAACUGGCACGAACUCAGCCCAAGCAGUGCAUGAGUCUGCACAUUUCAUGCCAUGCCAGACCACGAUACCUCGCUUUUGAAGAUGGAUGGGGAACUGCCUUGCCCAUCACCGUCACUUAUCUCGAAAAACUGAUGCAAAGUCAUCGAUCUGAUGGCGAAGGCUUUGCUUCUGUCUUUCAACUAAUCUUCAUUGCUGCCUGCAAGUCUCGAUCCAUUGGAGAAGCUCUGAGAAAUGCUGGUGCCGCACCUAUUGUCUGUGCUCACUCAGAUCGAACCGACAUCAAUGUAUCCUAUGUGCUCGAGUUCUCCAAGGUUAUGUACUCUACUCUUCUUUCAAGUGAAUCCGUAUCUGCGAAUGAAGCAUAUGAUCGGGCAAUGCACGAAGUCUCAAUGUAUCCCGCGUACCGGGACUUGCCCCCUCAGUUAUGGCUGUUAUCGGAUAAAGACAGCCAAGAUUGUGCGGCCUGCAGAGGUAGCCAUGGGAGGCUACCCAUCCAAAGCAAACGAAGAACAAGUACAUGCUUUCCAAAACCUCCCAGCUACUUUUCAAGACAUGAUACGGAAGUGUGGAAGGUUCUCCAGCUAGUCAAAGAUACUCAAGAUGAGAAUGCUCGCAUCAGUUGGGUCACGGGGGAAGAUGAGCUCGGUACGGCGAGGUGUACUACACAGAGUGCUUGCCAAUGUUUAGAGCAACGAUUCGAAACCAACUCGAUUGAAGGCAUUGUCUGGAUGGAGCUCCGAGCACACCCGUCGUUGUGCAAUGGAAGCUACCAAGUGACCUUGACUGAAGUGACGGAUCGAAUCAAGACUUACGUCCAAGACCGAAAUAUGAUCUUGGUGCUGGAUGCCACUUUAUUGGAGUACGAGUCGGUGCCACUGUUAGUGGACAAGAUUUCGACUCUCAUCGAAACCACGGAGCACGUCAAAUUCAUUAGUAUCAACUCAGAACCGAUACAUGUAAACUGCGAAGACCGCCACAUUUCCAUCCCCGUUCUGGGCUUAAAAGCCACCGUCAAGAUAUUUGGUCGACUCUAUCGACACGUGACGGAAGAACGAGCGCCUGGUACCAAGUGUUCCGCCAGUUUGUGGUAUGAAAUGGUUCGACGAAUGGAGCUAAAGGAAGAUGGUGACAGUAGUCUACUGUCGUACCCUCGCUACUGUGUUUUGUACAAGGGAUUUGGCAAGGGGAAGCUGGACAAUAUGGUACAUUCUGUCCGAACCAUAUCGCAAGAAGAGUUCUCACAGUAUGCCAGUCUCGGAUGCUGUCGGUCUUUGGAUGCUUUGCACUCGCGAUAUCUACUCUUAAAGUACUGCCAUAAGUUACAAUCCUCGAUCUAUGAUGCGCUCGACAAGAAUCGACACGAAGAAGUACGAGGCCUCCAAAAACGACUUGACAUGAUGCCAUUCGUCCUUCAUGAGUUCAUCCCUUCAAUGACAGAACUGUGGGCCAAGUUUGAUUCUGUAUCGAAAGGUCUCCGAGCGUACUGCAGCCAGCCUCGCUGUGCCAAGCGAAGCAUAGUUGAAUUUUCACGGCUAAAAGAAGAAGAGCGGAACAUCAAACGGCAAAUUGAAAAGGCCGCAAGCUUUCGAACUAUACUGUGGCGGAUCUCGAUAUCUGCGCUAAGAAGGAACGAGAACUAG